UUAGCAAGACAAUGGGAACAUACUUAAAACUGUCAACAAAAUUUCUGUCAGAAACAACAUUUGCUUAAAACCGCACCGUUCGGAAAUGCGCUGAAAAAUGGUAAACUCUGGCAACACUAUUUUUUUCGUAUACAACCAAACUGCACGUGGGUAAGCAAUUCUUCAUUAGCGGCUGAUGUUGAAUUGUUUUCAUUCGAUAAAAAUUAGAAAAGAGUGUUAAGAAUCAAAAUAUAAUAAUUAUGGAUGUAGUUAAAGAGGUUUUGGAAAAGCAAAAACGUGAUUUGGAGAAGUAUAAACCGAUAACAGUAGAAAAGCAUUUAGAGUGUCGGCUUGAUGUGGGAAUGAUGUUGUGCGUUGAUCCAAAUGACUUAGAAAAUAAAGAGUUAAAAAACAAUAAAGAAAAUUAUUUAACAGCCUUAACAAGAGACAACACACAGUUGAUUAUAAACGCAAUUUGGGAACUGCAAACUGAGCGGGUGGAUGAGUGCAUUGUAGCUAAGUUACCUGCACCGACAACAGUUUUACCGCGUUUAAGAAAGGUUCCGGGACCUAAGCCACUAACAAAAUGGGAAAAAUUCGCUAAAGAAAAGGGCAUUAAGAAGAAGACUAAAGAUAAGAAAACUUACGAUCAAGUUUUGGAUAAAUGGGUACCAGCAUAUGGUUACAAACGUGCUGAAGCAGAAAAAGAACGCGAUUGGGUGUUGGAGGUACCUAAAAAUGUGGAUCCUAAUGAAGACAUGUUCCAAAAGAAAAUUGAUUUGCGUAGCGAAAAAGUGGCGAAGAAUGAAAUACAGCGAAUGAGAAAUAUUGUUAGAGCUAGAAAAGUGAAUGUACCACGCACUGGUUACUUAGGUGCGGAAGCAGCAUCUUCAAGUCAACUAUUGACUGCAGUUACAGUAGCAAAAUCGUCAACAGCGUCGAUUGGCAAAUUUCAACAAAACUUACCUAAGGAAAAAGAAGCACGUGGUAAAGGUGUUAAAGAGUUGAUACCCGGAGGUAAACGCAAAGCUUCUCAUUUGGGUGAUCAACCCGAAAAAGAAGCUAAUUUGGAUUUAAUUAAAAGUGUGCUUAAUAAAAAACCCAAAUUCGAUGUGGAAAAGGCUAUUUCAUUGCAAAAACAAGAUGCAAGAAUGGAGAGAGAAGCUAAUGAAGCUAAUAACACUGGUAAAAAAGCGAAGAAGGGUAAAGGAAGCCGCAAAGCUGCCAAGAAACCUAAAAGUAAUCGUGGUCAAAGAGCGCCCGGAAAGAAAACACAUAUUGGUAGAAAAAGAAGGUGAUUUAUUUAAUAUCAGCCUAUGGUGUGUAAUAUAUAUUUACAGUUAUAAGUUAUAAUUUGAAAUAAAUAUUUAAUGAAUUUUUUAAACAAACAAAAAU